AUGGCGGACAUCAGAUUUCUAGUGGAUGACUACGAGAACGGCGAGGAAGAGCAAGAGGAAGACGGGUUAGAAGGCGCAUCGGAGGAUAACUCAAUGUUGGAAAAAGAAAUUCCUGAAGAGUUUGUCUCGCCACUGACAAAAAUGGAUCGCUAUCUGAACAGCGAGAUCAUUUUUAACAGGCGUAUGGCUGCAAGAUGUGUAUUGGAGUGUUUACGAUCUCUGAAGUCAGACGAGGAUUGCUACCAAGUUCUUCAACUUAUGGUUCGUCUAUCCGAUGAUAUUGAAGCGGCAGUGCGCAUAGAAGUUAUGGAACAAAUUCCACAUGUUGCUGUUCUUUGUGUUGAGCAUCGUGGAUUGCAUUUUGCUAUCCCAAAGUAUAUCCUCCCAGUUGUUGUUCGAUAUCUUACUGAUCCAAACAACCAGGUGCGUAAAACAAGUCAGGCUGCAUUGUUGCUCUUAUUGGAACAAGAAGUUAUAGAUAGAAUUGACGUCGAGCAACAAAUCUGCCCUGUGUUAAUUGAGUUGUGCAGCAUUGAUAGCACAGAUGAUUUCAGAACAGAAGCUGUUACAAUGAUGAGCAAGAUGGCUCCAAUGCUUCCAGUGUUUAUGAAGUUAUGUCAGGAUGGCGUGUGGGGAGUGCGAAAGGCUUGUGCUGAAUGUUUCAUGAAUGUUUCAACGGUCGCAUCAAAAGAAGUGAGAAGAAAUGAACUCGCUCCGCUGUUUAUUAAUUUACUUGGCGACAAGUCACGUUGGGUUCAAAUGGCUGCAUACCAAAGUCUCGGUCCGUUCAUAUCGACAUUCGCAGACCCUCAUAACUCGGGUUUUUUUGUGGAUGAACAAGGGAAACUGUGCAAAUUUGACAUUCCUGUUAAAACGGAGGGCGAGAGCUCAGCUGAACAGGCUGUUGGCUUGGAAAGCGAUGAGAAAAAGAAUGCCGAAAACAACGGUAUGGACGUAAAGACGACUGAUUCUGGGUACAUGUCGCCUCCAGAAGCACAUUUGGAUAACGAACUUCACGAGAACCAAGCUCUGGAUGCCGUCUCGAACGAAUUAUCAGAACUUCGCGUUGGUCAGAAAAUUACGGGACGUGAAAUUGAACUGGAAACCUUUAACUCUUUUAAUUUUUGGCGGGUACCUUUGCCCCAGAUUGGAGAUGAGGGAAAUAGCGUAGGUGGGGAGAUUGUAGCUGAGAAGGGGAACACAGCUAACCCAAAUCAUAACGCGCAAACUCCAGGUAACACGACACGCGAUCCAGCCACGGAGAAUUCAGAGCAGGAAGAUAAAGAGUCCUCGGAAGAUGUCGGAAAGGCGAAUGAUGCAUCCGGGGAUUCAGCCACAGCUAACCCAGGCGCUGAGAUUGAACCCUUGGAGGAUCAAGCCACAGGUAGCCCAGAGGAGAACCCUAACGCUCGAAGACUAGAGUUUGAAGAUUUAGGUAUAUCUGACAUGGAUAUCGAUGAUUGCGAGGAAUUGGAGAGUGACGAAAAGGAUUUAACAUGCAAUGAAAGUGUAAAUGAUUCGCCCAAACGCAUGGCGCCGUUGUCUGGUAUACCAAGUUUGAGAUUUGAUGAUGAUUACCUUCAACCAUAUUCGCCAAACAUGUGCUUCGAUGAUGAUUCUAACCGCGUGCCAAGUCCACCGCGGUCACCUUUACAUAAUCAGGUGGUUAUACCUCAGCCUCUUCUCGACCAUUACAUCUCAAUGACAGAACCUUCAAAAGCUCAAGCCAUCGAUACGGACCUUGCGAAACAUUGUGCGUUUAGUUUCCCAGCCGUUGUCCUCACUCUGGGCGCAAAGAACUGGAGUUGUCUGCGAGAAACCUACGAACUACUUUCGGCCGAUAUGCAGUGGAAAGUUCGACGAACCCUGGCCUUCUCUAUACACGAGUUGUCCCAAAUAUUAGGUGAAGAGAAUACUAGAGUGGAUCUCGUUCCGAUAUUCAAUAAUUUCCUCAAAGAUCUCGAUGAAGUUCGGAUCGGAGUUUUAAAGCAUUUAGCUAGGUUUAUAAAGUUGUUAGCGCCAGAUUUGAGAUCAGGUUACUUGCCGACUUUCUCCGAGUUCCUGACGACAGACAAUGCUAGAAAUUGGAGAUUCCGUUAUGAGCUGGCCGAGCAGUUGAUAAUGUUGGCUGAUGUCUACCAAACUAGCGAAGUUAGCGAUCACAUCUGUCCGAUUGCUUUAACCCUCGGUGCUGAUCGUGUCGCUGAAGUGAGACAGAUUGCUUAUAAAUUGCAUUUUCUUCAGGUUGGUAUAUUAUUACUCAAGCUCAACACGGAUAGUGAUUUGGAAUUACGGAAAAGAUUCACCGAAGAUAUAAUGCAGCAUUUUGCAUCAAGUCAGCAUUGGUUCAGGCGAUUAUCGUAUUGCCAGUUAUGUGAAGUGUUGUUGGAGGCUGACUUUAUAACCGCUGAAAAGUUUGCGAUUGAUUUUCUUCCUCAUUUGCUGACGUAUCAAACAGAUACCAUCGUCAAUGUUAAACUGGCGUUGUCAAGAACGCUGACGCGAGCUGUCAUGGUAACAGAUUAUUUCUGUCGACCGGAGUGCAAAGACAGCGGGAAAGUUUUAGAUGCUAUCGAGAGACUUCAGGCAGACAGCGAUCGAGAUGUCCGAUACUUUGCGGGCCGUCACGAAGAAGUUCCGUACGAAGGCCGAAGAUGUUCCGACGAUCAAACGUACAUGUUACCGACGAGUCGGGAAUCGUUUGAUGACGAAAUGAUGGGGGGGUCGCCGCUCGACGGCGAGUUUGCAGAAAAACAGAUCGAAGCAAAGUUACUUGCCGUGGAGACUACGGACAGGGGAGAUGGAGAGGAGGAACAGGUGGUGUCAGGCAUCCCUCUGGACGUAGUGUCAGGCGUACCUCUGGAGAUGGGCAGUGAUGAGGGGUUCGAAGACGAAGGUCCUGGUGAUGAAGAAAGUGACGAGAGUAGCGAUAGUCAAGAGGAAAAUGGUGAAGAAAGUCCAGUUGACAGUCAAGAGGCUGGUGACGAGACUAGCGUAUUCGAGGAAGAACAGGUAACCCAGCAAGAAGAGGAGUCAAAUAAACAGGAAGAAGAAUUAGAAGAUACACCAAAAUCAAUCAUUCAAACUCGAGCCGAAAUUUUCACCGCUGGGCCAACCUCAGAGAAGCGAUAUACAUUCCUUAUGAUGAAAGACGUUGAUUAUGAACGAACUUUGGUUUAG